AUGACGUCACUGCUCGACGAUGCCCUGCACUACAUCGGGAAAUACGGCCGGUACCAGGUCUUCGCUUGCGUUAUAAUCACCAUCAUCGGUGCCUGGUUUCCGCCUCUACACAUCAUGGGUGCUAUAUUCAGUGCAGACAGGCCUAUCUCCUACCAUUGCAUCCAAUGGUCUGAUGCGGGUGGCAAUAUCGUGGGUUCGAGACCCGAGAAGGAGACUACGAGGGUCGAGUUGUCUUCGGAUGACGUGAUUACGAGCGAUGAAUGCACUGGUAGUCUUGGGUUCAACAACAAGACAAGUGAAGAAGUCGUCUGCACUGAUUGGAAGUAUGACACUGAGUAUAACGAGUCGACUAUCGUCACACAGCUGGAUCUCGUUUGCGAUCGGAAAAUUCUCGUCGAGUUAUCGCAGACCUUCCUUCUCUUCGGGAUGCUCGUGGGCUCGUUAUUGUUCGGGUAUCUUUCGGAUACAUUCGGGCGGAAGCGAACACUCCUCGGAGCUUGUCUCGCAAACGGCGUGAUCGGGAUCGGCGUUUCGUUUGUAUGGAACUACCUUGGUAUCGUGGCGCUGUGGUUUCUGGUUGGUGUUUGUGCACAGGGUUAUAACCAGGUGCAAUUUGUGACCAUCAUGGAGAUGUUUCCUCCCGAGUGCCGAACCCUGCUCGGGAGUUGCAAUACGAUGUUCUGGGGUGUCGGCGUAGCGAGCAUUGCCCCCAUUGCCUAUAUACUCAGGAAUUGGCGCGACAUGCAAAUCGCAAUCUCCGUCCCCUGUUUCGUCGCAGUGCCUCUCUUCUGUAUUAUAGAUGACUCGGUGAGAUGGCUACUGUCAACUGGACGCACUGAUGACGCAAUCAUCGUCAUCAACAAAAUGGCGCGAUGCAACGGUAUAGCGCCCCCUCCCGGCGGGUUCGUCUUAACCAAAGCACAACAAGAUGACGAUGAUUUACAGCAGCACGAUGAAGAAAGUAGUGACGCAAACGGUGACGUCACUGAAACGCCUCAGACGAAGGAGCAGAUAAUAGCGUCAUGUCGAGUAAAGGAUGUUUUUAAGAACCGUCGGGUACUUCUGAACAUGUGUGUCGUCAUGUUUAUGUGGUGA